CGCUCUUUUUAUGCUGCUUUGCCCUUUACUUUUCCUCAUUUUUUCCCCUUCUCUUCACCUUAGUUCUCGAACUCAUAAACUCACAAACGACAUUGUCAGGUUUUCGAGACCUUGAAAAAGGGAAGAAAGAUAAAGAAGCAAAAAAAGGGUCUUUACUCUUUAGAUCUCUCGUUCUUCUUUCACCCUUAAGAGAUCUUCUUUCUUUCUUUCUUUCUUUCUUUCAAUGGCUAUUCUUCAACUCAGUUGCUUUUGAAUCAAACUCAACUCACCUCAACUCAAUUCAUCCAACCUCUUCCUUUCUUCUUCUUUAGCUUUGGUUUUUUGAGUUUACAAAAAAAUGGCUGAACCAACUGAAACAAAAGCAGUCCCUGAAGCAGAAAAGAAGAAAGAACAAAGCUUGCCAUUUUACCAACUUUUCACUUUUGCUGACAAAUAUGAUUAUUUGUUGAUGAUCACUGGUAGCUUAGGAGCUAUCAUCCAUGGUUCUUCAAUGCCUGUUUUCUUCUUAUUAUUUGGUGAAAUGGUUAAUGGCUUUGGCAAAAACCAAUCUGAUUUGCCCAAAAUGACUCAUGAAGUUGCCAAGUAUGCACUCUAUUUUGUGUAUCUUGGUCUUAUUGUCUGCCUAUCAUCAUAUGCAGAGAUUGCAUGUUGGAUGUACACUGGGGAAAGACAAGUGAGCACAUUGAGAAAGAAGUAUUUGGAAGCUGUUUUGAAACAAGAUGUUGGGUUCUUUGACACCGAUGCAAGAACUGGGGAUAUUGUUUUUAGUGUUUCCACUGAUACUCUACUUGUUCAAGAUGCCAUCAGUGAGAAGGUAGGGAACUUUAUACAUUAUCUGUCAACAUUCUUGGCUGGUUUAGUAGUUGGUUUUGUGUCAGCAUGGAGGUUAGCCUUACUGAGUGUGGCAGUGAUCCCUGGAAUUGCCUUUGCCGGCGGCUUAUACGCGUAUACGUUGACCGGCCUCACUUCGAAGAGCCGGGAAUCCUAUGCGAAUGCCGGCAUAAUUGCCGAGCAGGCCAUCGCACAAGUUCGUACCGUGUACUCAUAUGUUGGCGAGAGUAAGGCCCUUAAUUCUUAUUCAGAUGCAAUACAGAACACACUUAAACUCGGAUACAAGGCUGGAAUGGCUAAGGGUUUAGGGCUCGGGUGCACUUAUGGCAUUGCUUGUAUGUCUUGGGCGCUUGUUUUCUGGUACGCUGGUGUUUUCAUCCGGAAUGGACAGAGCGAUGGCGGCAAGGCAUUUACAGCUAUUUUCUCAGCCAUUGUUGGUGGCAUGAGUUUGGGUCAGUCAUUUUCAAAUCUCGGGGCAUUUAGUAAAGGAAAAGCAGCUGGUUACAAACUGAUGGAGAUUAUCAACCAAAAACCCUCCAUAAUUCAAGACCAUUUGGACGGGAAAGUACUGGAGGAAGUUAAUGGCAAUAUAGAAUUCAAGGAAGUGACUUUCAGCUACCCAUCGAGACCGGAUGUUAUCAUCUUUAGCAAUUUCUCGAUUUUCUUUCCAGCAGGAAAGACAAUUGCAGUUGUUGGUGGUAGCGGCUCUGGGAAGAGUACUGUCGUCUCUCUGAUAGAGAGGUUCUAUGAUCCUAACCAGGGGCAGGUUUUGUUGGAUAAUGUUGACAUAAAGACACUGCAACUUAAAUGGUUACGUGAUCAGAUUGGACUGGUAAAUCAAGAACCUGCUCUCUUUGCGACUACCAUCCUUGAGAACAUACUAUAUGGAAAACCCGAGGCAACAAUGGAUGAAGUGGAAGCUGCUGCUUGUGCUGCAAAUGCUCACAGCUUUAUUACCCUACUCCCUAAUGGAUAUAACACUCAGGUGGGAGAACGAGGAGUCCAACUCUCUGGUGGCCAAAAACAAAGAAUUGCGAUUGCUAGAGCCAUGUUGAAGAAUCCAAAGAUCUUGCUCCUUGAUGAAGCAACAAGCGCACUCGAUGCAGGCUCCGAGAGUAUUGUUCAGGAAGCUCUUGACCGGCUAAUGGUCGGGAGAACAACUGUAGUUGUUGCUCAUCGACUCUCCACCAUAAGGAAUGUUGAUUCGAUAGCUGUUAUACAACAAGGGCAAGUUGUUGAGACUGGAACACAUGAAGAGUUGAUUGCAAAGGCAGGGGCGUAUGCUUCGUUAAUCAGAUUCCAAGAAAUGGUGGGAAAUAGAGACUUUGCUAAUCCAUCAACUCGCCGAUCACGUUCAACACGUCUAAGUCAUUCACUGUCAACUAAGUCCUUAAGCCUCCGGUCUGGCAGUUUGCGAAACUUGAGCUAUUCUUACAGUACCGGUGCUGAUGGCCGGAUAGAGAUGAUAUCAAAUGCUGAAACGGAACGUAAAAACCCAGCACCGGAUGGCUAUUUCUGCCGGCUUCUCAAGCUAAAUGCUCCCGAAUGGCCCUAUUCAAUCAUGGGAGCCGUUGGUUCCGUGCUUUCUGGUUUUAUAGGACCAACUUUUGCCAUUGUGAUGAGCAAUAUGAUCGAAGUCUUUUACUAUACAAACCCUACCUCUAUGGAAAGAAAGACAAAAGAAUACGUUUUCAUCUACAUCGGAGCUGGUCUAUAUGCUGUCGUUGCGUAUUUGAUUCAACAUUAUUUCUUCAGUAUUAUGGGAGAAAACCUCACAACACGAGUGAGGCGGAUGAUGCUUGGAGCAAUUCUAAGGAAUGAAGUCGGAUGGUUUGACGAGGAAGAGCACAAUUCAAGCCUUCUUGCAGCCAAAUUGGCAACCGAUGCAGCCGACGUAAAAUCCGCGAUAGCUGAAAGGAUCUCUGUGAUACUACAAAACAUGACUUCACUUCUCACUUCAUUCAUUGUUGCCUUCAUAGUCGAAUGGAGGGUCUCUCUUCUCAUCCUCGGUACCUUCCCUCUUCUAGUCCUCGCAAACUUCGCUCAGCAACUUUCACUCAAAGGGUUUGCUGGUGACACGGCGAAGGCGCAUGCAAAGACAAGCAUGAUUGCAGGUGAAGGUGUAAGCAAUAUUCGAACGGUUGCAGCAUUCAAUGCACAGAACAAGAUCCUUUCACUGUUUUGCUACGAACUCCGAGUUCCGCAGAUGCAAAGCCUUCGUCGCAGCCAAACAUCGGGUCUCCUUUUUGGCUUGUCUCAGCUCGCACUUUAUGCUUCAGAAGCUCUCAUACUCUGGUAUGGAGCUCACCUUGUUAGCGAAGGUGUUUCAACCUUCUCUAAGGUGAUUAAGGUUUUUGUGGUAUUGGUGGUUACUGCAAAUUCUGUGGCGGAAACUGUUAGUCUCGCUCCUGAGAUCGUUAGGGGUGGUGAAGCUGUUGGUUCAGUGUUCUCAAUUCUAGAUCGUUCAACUAGGAUUGACCCAGAUGAUCCAGAGGCAGAACCGGUUGAAACAAUUCGUGGAGAAAUUGAACUCCGUCAUGUUGAUUUUGCAUAUCCUUCGCGACCUGAUGUUAGUGUGUUUAAAGACCUUAACCUUCGAAUCCGUGCUGGCCAAAGCCAAGCACUUGUUGGAGCUAGUGGCUCUGGCAAGAGUUCAGUCAUUGCAUUGAUUGAACGAUUCUACGAUCCAACAGCCGGAAAGGUUAUGAUCAAUGGAAAAGAUAUCCGGAGAUUGAACUUGAAGUCUCUUAGGCUUAAAAUCGGAUUGGUACAACAAGAACCAGCCCUCUUUGCUGCCAGCAUUUUCGAUAAUAUCGCUUAUGGAAAAGAAGGAGCAACCGAAGCUGAAGUAAUCGAAGCAGCUCGAGCAGCUAACGUGCACGGUUUCGUUAGUGCGUUGCCUGAUGGUUACAAAACACCCGUUGGUGAGAGAGGCGUUCAACUCUCCGGAGGUCAAAAACAAAGAAUCGCCAUCGCAAGGGCUGUACUUAAGGACCCAACAAUAUUACUACUCGAUGAAGCCACCAGUGCACUCGACGCAGAAUCAGAAUGCGUGCUACAAGAAGCACUCGAAAGGCUCAUGAGGGGCCGCACGACGGUACUUGUGGCUCACCGUCUCUCGACAAUAAGAAACGUCGACAGUAUUGGAGUAGUACAAGACGGGCGAAUCGUAGAACAAGGCAGCCAUUCCGAAUUGAUUAGCCGACCGGAAGGAGCUUAUUCUAGGCUCUUGCAACUGCAACACCAUCACAUAUGAAAGUUUUUAUUUUUUAUUUUAAUUGAAUCAACAUGGGCUUGUUGGGUGGUAUAAUUAUGUUUGGGACCCUUUAACCUCUUAUGUUUUUCAUAUUUUCCUUUUUUGAAUGAUGAUAGUUGUAGAUAUUGUUAAAGUGGAGACUGUAUCUUUGGGUUCUACUGCCCCAUUUCCAAUGGGGUUUCCAAUGUUAAAUUAUUGAUAUCUAUGGUGCAUAACAUAA